CGCUGCUCUGCGCCUGAAUCUGUUACAAACACUUGUUUCUGAAAGUUAUUAAGUUAUAAAGUAUGGAAGUUACUGUGAUACAGUGACAUUGGUCAAAUUACAGCGCACGAAAACAAAUGUGUCCAUGAAAUGCAGCGUGUGUUUUCGGUCUGAAAACUCUUUUUUCCUCUCACUUGUUGACACAAACUUUCAUCACAUCCAUGUCGCCUAAUUCUUUGUUCCAGCAGAAAAACACUGGAAGUAGACCUCCCGGAUCAGGCUUUAUCCUGAGUUUCCCUCAGAAACCGGGACAGGCUGCACUGAACAGACCCGCAGCUGGGAAACCUUUCUUUAACCCUCUUUACACAUUUUUUAUUCACAUGCUUCAUCUUUAUAGACUAGUUUUGUUUUUAGCGACAGAUCACACGAGGAGUAAACGGACUGAAGACGUGUUUUCCGUCACCGGUGGCCAGUUUCACCCGAGAGGACAACAGAGUCUAAGAUCGAUGUUAUCAAUAAGCUGAUUGAUUGAUCAGAAGGCUCGAGUGACAGCCGGAGGUUUGUCAGCGAUGGGCAGGAAGUUAGAUCUGUCGGGGCUGACGGACAGCGAGGCGGAGCAUGUCCUGCAGGUGGUGCAGAGAGACAUGAAGCUACGCAAGAAGGAGGAGGAGCGUCUCAGCGAACUGAAGCAGGAGCUGGACGAGGAGGGCAGUCGCUGCCUCCUGCUGUCACGGCAGAGUUGCUUCAACCAGCGCUGCUGCAUCCGCUGCUGCUCGCCCUUCACCUUCCUGCUCAACCCCAAGCGCCAGUGCCGCGACUGCCACUACAACGUCUGCAAGGCCUGCCGGGUCUACAACAAGCGGGACAAAGCCUGGCUCUGCUCCGCCUGCCAGAAGAGCAGGUUGUUGAAGACGCAGUCACUGGAGUGGUUCUACACUAAUGUGAAGACGCGCUUCAAGAGGUUCGGCAGUGCCAAAGUGCUGAAGACUCUUUACAGGAAGCACCUUGCGGAGCACAGCGCGCUUUCAGAGCUUACUGAGGGCAGCGCCUACGAGGAGAGUAUCUGCAAUGAGGGCAGCGUCUGCGGGAGCGACUCAACAUUCUACAGACAAACUGAAGAGCACAGCAUGGCAGAGACGCUCACUGUGGCCUUGCGGGUGGCAGAGGAAGCCAUAGACGAGGCCAUUUCCAAGGCUGAGUUCGACACUUCCAAUCAGGAGAACCAGAAUGAGGCUCACUAUCUGCGGGAGCACAGAGGAGAGCUCAUUGAGGAACUGGCCAAAACUAUUGUCCAAAAAAUUAUUAGUAGGAGGAAGACUUUGGCUGAGAUGAGGGCAGAAUAUGACCAGGAUUGGCCACAUGAACACAACACUGAUCUUCAUCAACAUCAUCAGUCCAGCUGUGAUCAAGCCUCCAGCUCCCUUAAACACCAAUCAGGCCUCUGGAGGUCACAUUCUGCCUUCUCACUGUUGGACAAUGACGGUCCAGGUCUAAUACAAGACUCCCCACAGGCGUUAAAGAAGGACGGAGGGGGGUCAGGGAUGUCAACCUGGAAGAGUGUAGACCGGCUGGACAAUGCUGGUGUGUCCUCAGUGCUGAAGAGCCCCGAUGGGAACUGGAUCGCCCUGCAGAGCACCCAGCUGUCUCGUCCCAGCCUGCUGACCAAAAGGAAGAGCCUGGUCUUCAGUGCCUUGGAGAGGGAGUCUGGAGUGGUGUCCGCCUACGAAGGAAUGGGCUCUGACAACGAAACCAAACCCGAGUCGGACAGCUCCUGGGGUGCUGUCCUCCAGGAGAUCCACAGGAAGAUGACAGACUCCAAUUUCAUCCUGCAGGACGGCCACAACAGAAAUGCGUCCCCGCUGUCGGGCAGCAGAGAGGAGCUGUUCUCAGACUCUGAGGGGAACUGGAAGCCUCAUAAACCUCUGCUGGCUCUGUUUAAGAGGAAAGUGCCUCCGGAGAUCAGGCGACCUUCAUCCUCCCGCAGGACCAGCAUCAUUGAUGUGAACUUUAACGUGGAAGGAGCAGGAGAGGAAGAGAGUAAUGUGGCUGCAGAGCCAGAGGUGGGAAAAGUCAGGAGAUUACGGAGGAAAAGGAGUAAGAAACAGUCUUCUUCUGUGCUGGAUGACAGCGAGAAAGACGAUGAUUCCCAAAGUCCGUCUGAUGCUGCGACCCCUGACACUUUGACCUCCGGAGCGUCGACCCCUGAACCCUCUGACCAUGAGAGUGACAUCAUGGGACAUGGAGCCAAUCAGAUGGAGCAGGAGCACACUCCAAAACUCCAACAGCUGUCAGGCCGAGUUUCUGAGUCCUCCACCGCAGAAGAAGAAGAAGUUGAUGGAGGAUUUAGAGAUGCUUGUAGUGAUGAAGAGAGGGAGGAAAAGGAUGUAGAUGAGGAAGAAGAAGAAGAGAGGCUGUGGAGGAUGGAGGUCGACUUGGAUGAAGGAAGAACAGAGGAAGAUGAGGACGUAGACGAUGAAGAGAUGAGACACAGAUUGUACAGACUCAUCGAACAGUCCAGACUCACGUACCUGUCGUCCACUGAUGAUGAGUUAGACAAAUUGGGGCAGAGUGAAGGAGAAUGGGAUGGAGGAAAGGAUGAAGACAUGGAGGACAGACUUACUUCAAAAAUCUGUCAGCUGGAAAAAGAAGUCUGGGCCAACCAGUUCUCCUCCACAGAGGAUGAGCUGGACAGAGUCGGCGUCAAGGAUGAAGAAAAGACAGGAGAGGAGGAGGAGCUGGCGGUGAAAGUGUGCAGAUUAGCUAGUCAAGCCAACGCCACGCAAUUCUCAUCCACGGAGGACGAGCUGGACCGGGCAGGCCGAGGUGAGGAGGGGGAGGAGGCGAUAGACGAAGAGAAGCUGUGGGAACUGCAGGCAGAAAAAGACGUCCAGGCCGCUCAAGUGCGCGAUUUGGCCAGUCUAGUUAGUGCUUCUCAGUUUUCUUCCACUGAGGAUGAGCUGGAUAGAGUCGGAGAGAAUGAUGGAGAGAUGGAGCAGGAAGGAGGAGAUGAGAGGGAGCAGGCAGUAGGAAAGAUUCAGGACAGGAGAGAGUCAUUCGGAGAUUUGGAUGUUAAAAUGUUUGAUUUAAGGGAUGAAAUUGAGGAAAGAAUGUCAGAGAGCAGUGAUGCAAAAGUUGAAGAUGACCCAGAGAUGGAGGGAGAGAAAGAUUGCUUGGAGGACAGAGUCACAGAUGAGGAUGAAAGGAUGGUAAAGGGGCUUAUAUGUGAAGAAAGAGUAGAACUUUUGACAGAAGAGGAAAGACAAGAGAUAGAAACAGUGGUGCUAGCAGAGAAAACAGAGGAGAUGAAAUCUGCACUUGACACAAAAUUCCAACAAGAAAAUCAGCCAGAGGCAGAGUGGACAGACACAGAGGACAGAGAGGAGGGACAGGAAGAGGAAAAGUUCAGAGAAAGUGAAGAGAGUGCGGACACAGCAGCAGACAGCGACGAGGAAGCUGCAGAGUUUGACAGAAUAAUCAGCAGCAUGUUGAUGAUGACUCUGGAGGACAUGCAGAUAGAGACAUUAAAAGAUGAAGCUGCAGAAAAUGGGAGCGUAAAUACAGAGACAGAGGAGUUAGAGACAGAUGAGAAAACUGUGGAAGAAGAUGGAUUUGAGGACAAUGCUGUCGACGCACAAAGCACAAAUGCAGCAGAGGAGACAGAAGUUGUGAAAGAGUUUCACAGAGGAGGUAAAGAUGCUAUGCUAGAGUCGGCUGUGGCUGAAAGACCAGCAGAAAAUGUAGCAGAGCUAACAGGAGGAGAUAUUUCCAGAGAAAAUGAAAGUGAAGAUGAAAAUCAGCAGGUAGAAGAUGCAGAAGCACGUGACGAAAGAAAUGCAGCUAUUGAGGGGACACUUGAGGCGUUUAAAAAAACAGAAGCGAAUGAUGGCGAACAAAAAGAUGGAAAAAGAGAAGUCGCUACUGAGUGGCAAGAGAUGGAGACACACGGAGGUGCUGCAGAGGGAGGUCCUGAAAGUAAAGAAACAGAUGAAAGACUUGAGGAAACCAAAGAAGAAAAUGCAGACGACGUGGAGCAGAGCAGCACGUCUUCUCUGCAGGAGGGUUUACUGUCACCUGAGGAGAUUCAAAGUGAUAAUGACAUGGAGCUUUACAAAUCAUUACAGUUUAUAUCAACUCUGCUGGAGCAGAGGUACUCAGCGGUGUCUCUGCGCAGCAUCACCACUGAGGUCCUGAGGGUGCUGAAUGCCACUGAAGAACUGCUGCUGCAGGGGGCGCAGGAAGGAGAUAGGUCCCGGACGCUCUCCAACACCUCAUUGCCCCCAAACACAGACCCUAAGAAACUUGAUCAGCAAUUCUCCAGACUGGAGGAAAAUGUGUACGUGGCAGCUGGAGAGGUUUACAGUCUGGAGGUGGAGCUGACUGACCUGGAGGAGUGUGCCAGGGGCAUCUGCAGUGACACGUCCGACAUGGAGCUUUCCUUCCUGGAGGAGCAGGUGGCAUCAGCAGCUGCCGCAGUCCAACAGUCUGAGCUUCAGAUUUGUGACAUCUCAGCCAGAAUUGCUGCUUUGAAAAGUGCAGGCCUCAAUGUGGACACGCCACAGUCACGCUUCACGAGGACCAGGACCAUUCCCAUUAUGCCGGUCACUGUGGACUCAUCCAGACAGCUGAGGAGAAGACUGCCUGCACCACCAGUGAAAGAAGAAGGAGAGACCUUAAAUCUUGGAGCCAGAUCUACCAACACAGUAGUGCCUUGACCUACUACAGGCCAGUCUUAACUGAUCCAG